GGGAGCACAGAACAGAGAUGGACGGACGGAGAGAAAGAGCCUAAAGAAAGGCAGCCGAGGAGACAGAGACAGAGGGCAGAAGGCGUCGGCCGACACAUUCAAAACCUUGCAAGAAAAAUGGCAAAUUUUACAGGCUCCUGGAAAAUGAAAAGCAGCGAGAAUUUCGAUGAGUUGCUCAAAGCUUUGGGUGUGAACGCCAUGUUGAGGAAGGUUGCCGUGGCAGCUGCGUCUAAGCCUCACGUGGAGAUAAAACAAAACGGCGACCAGUUCUACAUAAAGACAUUCACCACGGUCCGCACCACAGAGAUCAACUUCCUCAUUGGUGAGGAGUUUAAUGAGGAGACAGUGGAUGGCAGGAAGUGUAAGAGUCUGGCAAUGUGGGAAACAGAAAAUAAGAUCUACUGCAAACAGACUCUGAUGAGUGGGAAUGGCCCCAAGACCUUCUGGAGCAGAGAACUCAAAGGGGAAGAGCUCAUACUGAUCUUUGGAGCUGAUGAUGUGAUCUGCACACGGAUCUACGUACGAGAAUAGCUGGAAACCACAUCUUUGCAAACAAAACCUUCCUGCAGCAGUAAACGUGUUUUUACGUAACAUGUCCAAUAAUCUAUUUUAACUGUCAGUGUAUCACAAUUUAAUUGUAACUUUUGUUUUUUGUAAAGAUUUUUGUGGCAUUGCAACAGCACCAGUAGAACAAACUCAAAACUUGCUUUUAAAAAUCUAAAUAAAAUGUUCAGACACAAUGAUUCUGAUAAUAAAAGAAAGGAGUGAAGUGAGUUUCUGUCUACUCAAAGGAUAGUUUAUUGCCAAACACCAUACUAACACUCAUGUACAACAUUGUAAAAGUCAAGAGAAGUGACACAUUAAAUUGGGUACAAACAAUGUGUAUGUACAAUCAGCUCCCCAGAACUUCCUCUGUUAUUCUAUGUUAAAACACAGUAAAUAUAAAAAUAAAAACCCAAAUAUUAAACUGUUUAAAGAUUGUCUGCUGAUGGUUGUGUUACCGACCUUCGUCUUCAGUAGAGCUCAAGAAAAUGGACAUUUUAUGAGGCAGCUUCUUAAUCUGCAUAUUUGUGUUUGCUUCCAUUCGGCCCACGUUACAAUUCACGAAUGAAAGUAAGUAAUAAACUCAGUGUGAACAUGACUCUUUAUCAUGUGAACUGUCCAGCAUUUAGUCUGAUGGAUUUCUAUCUUCCAUCUAAUCUUACAUACAAUGUAUAAAGGGCCAAUCCCAAUUUUAUUAAACUA